AUGGUCGCACCUGCGGUUCCCGAGAUUAUGGAGGAGGAGCUCCACGAGUCUAUUGAGAGUCGUACCGAGCAGCUCAUGUCCCUCCGCGAGCUUGGUCCGCCGGAUCUUGUUCAUCUCGUCAAGGCGCCCGUCCGGGGCAAUGGUCGCCAGAUUGGUGUCUACCACCACGUCACCGGCGUCGACGCGUCUUCGUCUGCCAGCUUGGCAGCAUACAUCAACACUCUCACCUACCGCGAACCCGGCGCAACAGCAACGACAAAGAUCACCGAGGGCCUCUACUGGUACGACUGGACUCUAUGCACAUGCGUGAGGAUGGCAGCGUGA